GUUCCUAAAGGCCAUUCCCCCUCAUCAUUUGAUCAUAAGCAAGCGUAGCCCAACCUGCCAAGUAAAAGUUUCAGAAAAUCUAGGGUUAGGGUUUCGUCACUGCUAAACCAAUUCAUCUCUGACCUCGUCUAUUGUUUUCUUGAAGAUGUAUGCUGAUCGUUUGGAGGAAGAUUCCAACCCGCCAAUAGAAGAUAGGCUUAACAGCAACGUUGCCGCUAAUUCCCUUUGCCGGCAACCCAUUACCGGUAAAAGCAGGUUAAAUGAAGAUGAGAUUGCAAUAGCGGCAAUAAAGCAUGCUUUGAAAGCUCUUCGAAAGCGACAUUUAGCAGAAGAAGCUGCUCAUGCUCCAACCAUCAUCGCUAUAUCUAGACCUCUUGUUUAUCAGGGAUCAGAAUGGAAAGAAAAAGCAGAACAGUUGGAGCUUGAAUUGCAGCAAUGUUACAAAGCCCAAUCUCGACUAUCAGAGCAGCUUGUGACUGAAGUUGCAGAGGGUCGAGUGAGCAAAUCUGUAAUUCAAGAGAAAGAAACAACUUUAGCUAACUUUAAAAAGGAGUUUGAUCAGAUCAGCAACGAGUACUCAGAGUUGAAGAUGCUUUUAGAUGAAAAGACCAAGGGUUUAGAAUUGGUGACAAGUGAGAAUCAAGAGCUGAAAAGACAACUUGAAGAGAUAAGUUUGAAAGUGAAAAGUGCAGAAGCUGAAAAUAAAAUGUUGAUUGAUCGAUGGAUGCUUCAGAAGAUGCAGGAUGCAGAGCGUCUCAAUGAGGCAGUGAGCAGAAUCAUUGGGCACCGGAGGGACUGUCUGGUAAAUGCUGUUUAUGAUGACCUACUGGGACAAUUUAGGGCCAGCAGCAUACAGAAACUUGCUCGUGAACAAGUUGAUGGUGUGGUUCGUCAAUUUGAGGAAGGUGCUGAGUUUUUUGCUGAAUCAAUCAUUCCUUCAACUUGCAAGAACAGGAUUCAUGCUCAUGAUGGUGGUUGUGCUUCCAUAUUGUUUGAGUACAAUUCGAGCAAAUUGGUCACUGGAGGGCAGGACCAUUCUAUUAAGAUGUGGGAUACUAGCACAGGAUCGUUGAGUCGUACGCUUCAUGGUUGCUUGGGUUCUGUUCUUGAUCUCACAAUCACUCAGGACAAUAAAACUAUUAUAGCAGCAAGUAGUUCAAAUAACUUGUAUGUUUGGGAUGUAACCUCAGGCCGAAUUCGACAUACUCUUACAGGACAUAUAGACAAAGUAUGUGCGGUAGAUGUGAGCAAAGUCUCCAACCGCCAUGUUGUCAGUGCAGGAUAUGAUCGAACUAUAAAAUCUUGGGAUUUGCAGAAAGGUUACUGCACUAAAACAAUCAUAUAUCCAAGCAAUUGCAAUGCCAUUUGUUUCAGUGUAGAUGGAAGAACGAUAUGUUCAGGUCAUGUUGAUGGUAAUCUUCGGCUUUGGGACAUAGAGUCAGGGAAGCUUCUCAGUGAGGUUGCUGCGCAUUCUCUUGCUGUGACAUCAAUCUCCUUGUCUCGAAAUGGAAACACCAUUUUGACGAGUGGAAGAGAUAAUGUGCAUAAUCUGUUCGAUUUGAGAACACUCGAGGUUUAUGGAACAUUAAGGGCAAGUGGAAACAGAAUGGCAUCUAACUGGAGCAGAUCCUGUAUCAGUGCAGAUGACAAUUAUGUUGCUGCAGGAUCUGCUGAUGGAUCUGUACAUAUAUGGUCAAUACAGAAAGCAGAUAUUGUUAGCACUCUCAAAGAACACGGUUCGUCUGUUUUAUGCUGUACUUGGAGUGGUCUAGGAAAGCCAUUGGCGACUUCCGACAAGAAUGGAGUUAUCUGCACUUGGAUGUGAUGCAUUUUAUGUCUCUUAAUGGCCUUCAUGUUGUUCCUGAUGUUGAAUCUCAUCGGCGUGCUGUAAGGGAUCAUAAACAUGAAAUGUGAUGAUUUAUUUUUUUCUUUCUAUGUACAGUUGUUUCUUCUCCCUAAGAAAUGAUUUGCCUUUAUUUUUUGUUUCAAAAUUAGUUUAGAAAAAAGUAUGAUCUGAUUUUUUCCUCUGGAUCAUAUUGUUACACUGUUAAAAAUUGGUAAAAUCAUGGUAUUCUGUUUGUAAUGUUCGGUUGGGUUUCAGAUACAAUAUUUGGGUCGGCUCCAUUUGGGGUCUUGGGUUUAUGUAAAUAAAUAUUUCGCUUCUCAUAUUUGCUUUUUAUAUGUGGGUUACUUUCGAGGUGAGUUCAUCUACAAUUUCGGUUAAUCAGGUCAUAUUGAUGUUAUCGAUUAUCAUUAUCAUGUUAUUAUGGAUUAUUAUAAUAAAAAGUUUGGAACCAGCAAAUAUGCCUAAUUUGUUGGCCAAAACAUUGGAUCUCUAUUAAGUGUUUAAAUGAUUAAUCUUUAUGUGCUUCAUCAUACAUGCUUACCCAAAUGUAGAAUCAUGUUAACUCUAACUCACC